AUGGGAACACGGUUUGGUGCUGUUUUGGAUAUGGUUACUGACCGUUGUGCAACAUCAUCAUUAAUUGUUUACUUGGCCAUCAUUUACCCAAGAUUCACUGUUAUUUGGCAACUCUUGGUUAGUUUGGACUUGGCCUCACACUACAUCCAUAUGUACGGUAUGUUGUCUGCAGGGUCACUGUCCCACAAGAAUGUUGAGGCGUCCCAAUCAAAGCUUCUCAAUCUAUACUAUACCAAUAGGAAAGUUUUGUUUGCAGUAUGUGCAUUGAACGAAUUGUUUUACGUGGCAAUCUAUUUGAAGUACUAUGGGUUCUUUUGGCUCGGUACCGUGAUGGCAGUGUUGAGUACUCCGAUCUGGGUCUUUAAACAAAUUGCAAAUGUUAUUCAAUUGCAAAGUGCGCUGCUCAUCUUGGCGAGGAUGGAUGUGGAAGAACACAAGAAUAAGAAGCGUUGA